CAAACAUUUCCUUCAUAUUACGUGUGUUUUGCUCAGAUAUGUUACAGAAAUGUUGAAGCUAAACGCCUUUGGAUCGUUACCUUGAGUGGAAAAAUUCAUUUUGUCAUUUUCAUUUUAACCAGGUUGUCAGGUUUCCUACAAUGGCUGGAACAACCUUUUGUGAGGCGUCUGAGCUUUACAACAUUCUCAACCAGUACACUCGGCUGUCCAGAUUGGCAGAGUUCAACUUCCUGUGUUUGAUUGAUGCCCGUGCUAAAGGACAGUACAAUGCCAGCCAUAUCAUUACUGCCAGAAAUGCAAAAUGGGACUCUAAAGGCAAACUCAUUAUGCCUGUAGGCGUGGAGGUGGAGAGUAUGAGGUAUAUUGUGGUUUAUGACAGCAGCACCAGUUCUUUACAAGGUUCAGCUGAGGCUAUUGAGUGCGCUGAGGCCCUGACAAAAUCAAGCCACUAUCCUGUCCAGAUUCUGAAAGGAGGCUAUCAGAGGUUCUCAGCCUUUUAUCCUUUCUUCAGGACACAGAAAAUCCUUUACACCAUAAAGGAAUUGGAGAGCUUGAGGCCUUAUCCAGUGGAGCUCUUGCCAGGUCAACUCUACAUGGGCAAUUACAAGCAGGCCAUCAAUCCCCAUGUCCUAAAAGAUCUGAAACUGAGCGCCCUUGUCAAUGUCUCCGAAGACAGUUGUCACAUGUUUGAAAAAGGAAACCACACCAUCCUUAACAUCAAUGUGUCAGAUUCAGUGGAGGCUGAUCUAUACUCCAGUUUUGAGAGGAUUUGUGUUUUUAUUGCCUCUCGUCUCAACACUGGAUCUGCAGUUUUGAUCUUUUCAAGUCAUGGAAUAAGCCGCUGUAGUGCUGCGGCCAUGGCUUUUCUUUUGCACCACUUGAAAUAUACACUGGGGGAGGUCUGGGAGCAUGUCCUGCAAUGUAAAACGAACAUGAGGCCAAACCGAGGGUUUGUACAACAGCUGUCAGACUGGGAGCUGCACACACUGGGUAGAAGAAUCACUGAUAUUGCAGAGCCCCGCUAUUGAGAUAAUGGAUAAUAGUUCAUUUCAAUGAGUCUAGAAGAGCCCUGUAAUUCACUGGGACUAUAACUAUCGAAUGAAAAAAAUAAAAAUACAUGGAUAUUUUUGUCAUGAA